AUUCUGUCACCACAGUUUGUUUACCUCAUUCACUGCAGCUGACGGACGAGGGCACGCCGGCCUUAUGGUGUACGGAGAAGCCAAGGCCCCUCCAGGUACCGUGCACGUAUUGGCCAUACCAGGUGAUGGGGCGUGCAGAAAGGUCCCAUGGGAGGGACCAACACUGCCAGCACGGGGAGUGGCAGCCAGGGGGUGAAGCACUCCCUGAAGGCUGCCCUCACCACCUUGCCCACCCUGCCUGUGGCUGACCCGCUGCACCUCAACUGUCUCAACACGCGGUCUGGAGCAUCCGCUGGGGUGUGGCUGGUGGUGCUGGUGCCACUGGCAUGUCUUCCUGGCCUCUACAACACAUACAGACACUGCCACCCCCUGCCCCACCUCCAAGCACUGCUGGCCAUUCAGGUGGGUGUGUGUGGAGCCCACCUGUACCAGGAAAUGUGCCUGGCUCAUGGUCAAAAGAUGGCUAAAACGGAGGAAGUUCGGCAGAAACCUUCACUUCUCCUUAAGUUCCUCACUCAUCCGUACACUCCAUCCUUGGCCACCACCAUUGCCAUCUCUCUCCUCACUGACAUACAUCCGGUGUUGGCCCUGCCCUUGACCCUCUUGUGCUCGUGGCUGCUCUUCAGGGUCACCCACUGGCUGUUUACAACCUUCCCCAGCAGCUUCAGUCUGGGUGAGGGGGCAGUGAUGGGGCAGAGUGUGGCCCUGGCAGUCACUUGCUCCCUUCACGGUAUCAUCUCCAGAAUACUUUGGCCACAAAAGCUCUCUCAUCCACACCAAAUCAGCCUCUUCAUCCAGACAGCCAUUGUGGUGGUGUCCGUGCUGGUGGGCACAAUUUACAGCGUGCCAAUGCUGCGAGCGCCACGCUUGUUCCUGCCGUACCUGUGUGUAUGUGGAGUGGUGGGAGUCGGCCUGGCCUCCUUGCUACUGGGGGAGUGGGUGCCUGUGUGGCUGUGGGAGCUGCUCAACCUCUCACCUGCCAGACUCUUCCUCAUGGGCUGGUGGUUUCUGCUCACCAUCUUUGCAGUUUCCAUCACAACCUGGGCCAGAAGAAAGAACUGCCUGCCUACCACAGUCCUGCGCAAAGUGUACCAUGUGGUGAUUACUCUUGUGUUUGUCCCGGGAGUGUUGCUGGAGCCGUCCUUCCUUGUGUUGGCCGCUACUGCUGCCACCAUGGCCUGUUUGCUGCUAGAGGUGAUGAGAGUCGAGAAGAUCCCGCCCUUCGCUGAUGUGAUAAGCCAAGCCUUCACUCCUUUCUUAGAUGAGAAGGAUGAAGGCCCAUUGGUGUUGAGUCACAUUUACCUGCUAGCAGGUGUGUCAUCACCUUUGUGGCUCACGCCGUGCCCUCUAGGGGAGGCUAAGGUAGGUGAAACAUGGCAGGCCAAUGCAGUGCUGCCCCUGCUGGCAGGGGUGCUGGCUGUUGGAGUUGGGGACACAGCUGCCUCUGUGGGGGGGACGUACCUGGGGCGGAGGCGGUGGUCUGGUACCAAGAAGACAGUGGAAGGCAGCUUGUGUGGCGUGGUGGCACAGUUGGCAGUUGUGGCAGUGUUGGUGGGGGGAGGCCUGGUACACCUGUCCCUGGGUGGUUGGGGCCGCCUGCUGGUGUCUGCUGCCUUGGUGGCUGUAGUGGAGGCUCUCACUGACCAGGUAGAUAACAUUGUCUUGCCCCUCAUGCUGUACACUCCUCUUAUGGACCUUUAGGUUCUAGUUACUACCAUUUUUAGUUUCCAAUACUUAAAUUUGUAUGGCUGUGUACCUUGGAGCUAUUCUGAUGCUACAGUGUUUUUCUUGGUUAUGAAUUGGAUAGUUCCUGUUUAUAAAUAUUAGUCCUUUUGUUAUUUUUCUUCCAUUCCAAGUAGUAUAUUAAUUGACCGAGUCUUUCACCUUAAUUUAGCAUAACAUUGUUUUUCCAAGUGGUUGCAAGCCUUUCAUUUUUACUGGGUAACUGUCAUGGUACUGUGAUUUUUUAAUUAAGCAGCCGAGAUGUGUGGUCUCCUUACAAGUGUUACAUGAAGGCAAGUAGGCAAUGAAUGAGCUUCAUUAUGAUAUUCAUCUGAAAUUUAUACUUACAUAUUUCUUUCAAUUUUUUUUUGAGUGAAAGCAAAAAAUAUACCUAUAUGUAUCUAUGCAUGUAUAACAUUCUCAGUUAUUAUUCUCUACCUGUACAGAGUUGUGCUUAGUCAGAGACAGGGGACCUGUCUGAGUGCAUUUUCUCAGAUUUUUUAUUUACCCCAUAAAAUGCAAAAAAAUGUUCAUAUUUAUAGUAUCCACAUGCCAUGAAUGUAAGUGUGGCUACCAUACGAUUGAGUCUUUGAUAAUUGUUUUCUUCUCAGAGCUCACAGUAUCCGACAAUGGAUGUGGAAUUUUUUUUAAACCUAUUAUUCUCAUGUUUACAUAUUUUUAACAACCCUAGUGUGUGUUAUAUAAAUAAUUACUUUACAUUAAAAAUACUUUUAAGUAAGCAAGAAUUAUGUAUCAAAUAAAACAGUUAGAUAUGCAUCUGGCAACACCAUGUCUCAAGGUUGUGGUUUCCACACUCACAGUUCUCAAAGAAGAGAGAAUACUAUGAAUUUUAUGGCUUGGUUUUGCUUUCUAAGUGUACUCUGAAGUCUUGUUUUGUGUUUAUUAUGUCUUACUGAUCAUAGAUUUGAGAACCAUCUCCGUACGAGAAAAUAACUUACCUUUUUCUGUGAUGAUAUUGGGGGAAACAGCAGCCCACCCUGUGUACCCAACUCCAUAACAAUGUCAGUGUGCAAAAAAAUAUUUAUAACCAGAAUCUGUCCCUCUCCAAUACUGUAGCUUUUGAUUUCAUUUUUCUUUUAUAUUAUGCAUAUGCAUGUUGACAUAAGCAUGAAAAAAAUCCUUUCCAGAUAUGUCUCAGUCAGUUCCUACCUAUGAAAGUAUUCAGUCUGUAAUAACUGAGCCCAAAAGAUGAUAUAUAUAUAUAUA